AUGAGCCUGCUACAGCGUGUUCUCAGCACCGGUCUCCUGGUCCUCUUGGUGACAGAGUUUGGGUCGUCCACCACACUCACGGUUAACAACGGAGGGCAAUGGGGUGACUGGGGAGACGUCCAGUUUUGCCCACCGGGCUUUCAUGCGUAUGGUUUUAGUCUGAAGGUGGAAGGGAAACAGGGAGGUGGUGAUGACACGGCCCUGAAUGGAAUAAAGCUGUACUGCAGAGACCAGGACAGCAGGAGCACGAGCACCUCAGUGGCAUCAGCAAUGCGUUGGGGUGCAUGGACCAGUGCCCAGUUCUGCCCCGGGUCUGCCCGGCUCACGUCCUUCCAGCUGCGUGUGGAGCGUCCGCAGGGCAUAGGGGACGACACGGCCGCCAACAAUGUCCGCUUCCGCUGCUCGGACGGGACCGUGCUGGAGGGCCACGGCCUGAGCUGGGGAGACUGGGGCUCCUGGAGCAGCGAGUGCCCCCGCGGGAUCUGUAGCAUGAGGGCCAAACUGGAGUGGCCACAGUGCAUCGAAGAUGACACGGCUCUCAACGACGUCCAAAUGUUCUGUUGUGCUCCGGGCCAGAUUGCCAUAUUUGUGCGCAGUCUGUGUGUGACUGAGAGCCAGUGUGAUAUGGAGCUCCUGGGGACUGUGAUGUUGCAUUCAGUGUUGGAGAACUAG